ACUAUCUGAGUUGUGUAAUGGUUUUAUUUCCUCUAGGCUACAGCGCGCUCUGACGUGCAACCCCUCCAUGGAUGGUGGUUAAUUGGGCCCAAUGAUGUAGAGCCAAAUCCACCUGGAGUGGCUCCCCUGUGUUUUCUGCGCAUGUUCAAUUGUUUUUUUUGUUGUUGUUGUUUUUUUCUAUUAAUUCCCAGAGUUUUUCAGCACUAUUGCUCAUCUAGUUUUGAUUUUUAGAUGAAAAUGGGAGAUUAAAGGCAACAACUAUGGAUCAUCCAACGUUUGGAAGAUUUAUAAUCUUUGGAAUUUAAUAGUUUCCUGACAUUCAGCAACUUUCCCCCCCUACAGUAUUUAUUUAUAGCAGCACAUUUCUGUCUGUUGCCUCCUUUUUUUAAUCCAACAUGUCUAGAUCAAACAGUGUCAGCCCACCCGGCGUCGGUGCCCCCGGGUUGAGGGGAGGGACCGAGCACAGAUCAGCUUGGGGAGAGUCUGAGUCCGUGGCCAACGGGUGCCCAUACUCAGCCAGAUCCCCGCGCAAGAAGCUCACCCGGACCAACAGUCGGUGGAGGGAAGAGGAUGAUCUGGAGCACCGGCAGUCCGGGGGGCGAGCCACCACCGUCAGUAGGGUCAGCUUCAGGUCCAGGUCGGCUUGGCAGGACCAUGGCGAGGACAAAAACCGUGCGUCGUCCCCUAAGCGUCCAGACGGCGAGGUGAGACCCAAAUCUGUGGAGUUAGGACUGGAUGAGCGCAGGGCCAAGGCGAGGAGCGACGAGGAGGAGGUCAUGCCCGAAGUAAACUUUUCCUUAGUGGCGUGCUGCACCAGCGUUAUGCACAUUUUCAAAUCCAAGAAGUUCCAGUCGGAGAAGUUGGAGCGGCUCUACCAGCGCUAUUUUUUCCGGCUCAACCAGAGCAGCUUGACGAUGCUCAUGGCGGUGCUGGUGCUGGUCUUCACGGUCAUGCUGGGCUUCCACUGCUCCGGUGGCGCAGAGAAGCCCAGCGUGACUUUCUCGGUGGUGUUUUCUGUGGCCAUCUUCCUCACCCUGGUUCUCAUGGUGGUGUGCAACAGGAACGCGUUUCACCAGGACCACAUGUGGAUUGUGUGCUACGUGGUCAUCCUGCUGGUGAUGGUGAUCCAGGUGAUCGGAGUCCUGCUCGUUCAGCCCAGAAGUGCCUCGGAGGGGAUCUGGUGGACCGUGUUCUUCAUCCAUGUCAUCUACACGCUGCUGCCCGUCAGGAUGCGCGCGGCAGUCAUCACUGGAGUUAUUCUUUCUGCCAUUCACGUGACUGUUUCUUGGAUGUUAAACGGCAUGGACAGCUUUCUCUGGAAACAGAUAGUGUCCAACGUGCUGAUCUUCUCGUGCACUAACAUCGUAGGAGUCUGCACUCAUUACCCUGCUGAGGGGUCGCAGAGACAGGCCUUCCAGGAGACCAGGGAGUGCAUCCAGGCUCGCCUCCACUCCCAGAGAGAAAACCAGCAGCAGGAACGCCUUCUGCUCUCGGUGCUUCCCCGCCACGUUGCCAUGGAGAUGAAAGCCGACAUAAACGCCAAGCAGGAGGACAUGAUGUUUCACAAGAUCUACAUCCAGAAGCACGACAACGUCAGCAUCUUGUUUGCAGACAUCGAGGGUUUCACCAGCCUGGCGUCGCAGUGCACGGCGCAGGAGCUGGUGAUGACGCUCAAUGAACUCUUCGCCCGCUUUGACAAACUGGCAGCGGAGAACCACUGUCUGCGGAUCAAGAUCCUGGGCGACUGCUACUACUGCGUGUCCGGGCUGCCGGAGGCCCGGGCCGACCACGCCAGCUGCUGCGUUGAGAUGGGGAUGGACAUGAUCGAGGCCAUCUCGCUGGUACGUGAGGUCACUGGGGUGAACGUGAACAUGCGAGUGGGCAUCCACAGCGGCAGGGUGCAUUGUGGGGUGCUGGGACUCAGGAAGUGGCAGUUUGACGUCUGGUCCAAUGACGUCACGUUAGCCAAUCACAUGGAGGCCGGGGGCCAAGCUGGACGAAUCCAUAUCACCAAGUCCACGCUGAAUUAUCUGAAUGGAGACUACGAUGUGGAGCAGGGAGCAGGGGGGGAAAGAAACGCCUACCUGAAGAAGAACAACAUAGAAACCUACCUCAUUGUGGGCUGCAGUCAGAAAAGGAAAGAGGAGAAAGCGAUGAUAGCCAAAAUGAACCGACAGAGGACUAACUCUGUGACCCACAACAGCGGCCACUGGACCGACCGGCCGUUCUACAACCAUCUGGGCGGCAACCAGGUGUCCAAGGAGAUGAAGAGGAUGGGCUUUGAAGACCCUAAAGACAAGCAUUUCAUUUUCAGAAACACGCAGGAGAACCUAAACCCGGAGGACGAGGUGGACGAGUUCCUGGGCCGCGCCAUCGACGCUCGCAGCAUCGACCGCCUGCGCUCCGAACACGUUAAGAAGUUCCUGCUCACCUUCAGAGAGCCCGACCUGGAGAAAAAGUACUCCAAACAGGUGGACUCCAGGUUCGGGGCGUACGUGGCCUGCGCCUCCCUCGUCUUUCUCUUCAUCUGCUUCAUCCAGAUCGUCAUCGUGCCAUCCUCCAGUCUGAUGAUCGGCUUCUUCACCACCGGUCUCAUCAUCCUCACGGCCGUCAUGUUCAUCUCCACCGUGUACUGCUGCUUCGGGCUGUUUCCCGUCCCUCUGCAGACUCUCUCUAAGAGGAUAGUGCAGUCCAGACUGAACAGCACCCUGGUGGGCGUCUUCACCAUCAUCAUCGUCUUUCUUUCUGCCUUCAUCAAUAUUUUCACCUGCAGCAGCCUGGACCUGCGGAGCUGCAUCAGGGCGGAGCUGAACAUCAGUCUGUCCGGGGUGAACGCCUGCCACGCUCACCUGCUCAACUACAGCCUGGACGCCCAGCACAGCUCCUUCGGAGAGGACGCCCUCAUCUGCAGCUUCCCUGAGUACUUCUCCUGCUGCGUCCUGCUGAGCCUGCUGGCCUGCUCAGUCUUCCUGCAGAUCAGCAGCAUCGGGAAGCUCUUCCUCAUGCUCUUCAUCGAGCUGCUCUACCUGCUGGUCAUGGAGGUUCCCAAAGUCAGCCUCUUCGACAACCAGGACCUGCUGGUGAUGGCCAACGCCGUCAACAUCGUCGAGCACAUGAAUGGAACAAGCUGCGUGAUGGACUCCAAGGUUCCUCUGAAGAUCAUGACCCCGGUGGUCAUCACGGUCUUCGUCCUCGCUCUCUACCUUCACGCGCAGCAGGUCGAGUCCACGGCCAGGCUCGACUUCCUGUGGAAACUGCAGGCCACGGAGGAGAAGGAGGAGAUGGAGGAGCUGCAGGCCUACAACCGCCGCCUGCUGCACAACAUCCUGCCCAAAGACGUGGCGGCUCACUUCCUGCAGCGCGAGCGGCGGAACGACGAGCUCUACUACCAGUCCUGCGAGUGCGUGGCCGUCAUGUUCGCCUCCAUCAGCAACUUCUCCGAGUUCUACGUGGAGCUGGAGGGCAACAACGAGGGGGUGGAGUGUCUGCGGCUGCUCAACGAGAUCAUCGCCGACUUCGACGAGAUCAUCAGUGAGGAUCAGUUCCGUCAGCUGGAGAAGAUCAAGACCAUCGGCUCCACCUACAUGGCGGCCUCGGGCCUCAACGACUCCACCUACGAUAAGGUCGGCCGCUCGCACAUCCGCGCCCUCGCCGACUACGCCAUGAGGCUGAUGGACCAGAUGAAAUACAUCAACGAGCACUCCUUCAACAACUUCAAGAUGAAAAUAGGUCUCAACAUCGGCCCUGUGGUGGCCGGGGUGAUCGGGGCCCGGAAGCCUCAGUACGAUAUCUGGGGGAACACGGUGAACGUGGCGAGCCGCAUGGACAGCACCGGCGUACCGGAGAGGAUCCAGGUGACGGCGGACCUGUACCAGGUGCUGAGCUCCUAUAACUACACACUGGAAUACAGAGGGCUGGUCACAGUGAAGGGCAAAGGGGAGAUGAUGACCUACUUCCUCACCAGUGGACCCCCGCCGUGCAGUUAACCUCUACCAAGUGACAGACAGACACACUGGGGUCGGCGCCUUAAACCCCCUCCCCGCCUCCAGCAGGCUCACAGACCCUACGGCGGACUGAGACUAAAAUACAUUUAAAAAAGCGCAGAUUCUCAAAAACCCUGCUGAGGCCACGGCAGGGGACGGAUGAGGAAGAUCAUCCCGAGGCUUAAAGCCAGCGCAGGAGACUCUGUGAAGGAGGAGAGGCGGCCAUUGAGACCAAAGAUGUCCAAUGUCCAAUCAGAGCAUCAGAUGUUAGGGGGAAUAUCCCUUUGCUUUCAGAUUUUACAGACGGUUUUGGGACAAACCUGCCAUUCCCUGUCUUUCAAUCUCUGCCUUUCCCCCCCCUGCUGACACACAGACGGUUUUAUGUGAAUGAGUUUAUGUUACAACACAUUUCUGUCCAUGUCGUCGUGGUACAACGUGUGGACACUCAGCCCGGCACCGCAGCACCCCUCCCCUCCCUUCAAUAUCUGAUCACAAACGGUACAGAAAGGCGGUGGAAAACGCUCCCCGGUGUUAGCGGCACGCUUCUCCGUUUAAAGUCCGAAACCACAGCAACAUCAGCGGACACACCGAACACAAAGAGGAUGUCAAAGAAGAGCUUUUUAUUUCUAAAUCUUCGACAUUUUGUAUUCUGACGCCAGAACACCAAACCCUACCAGAUAUUUUAAGAUUCUAUAUUUUGUACAUUAAUAUAUUAGAGAGCUACCUAUAAACACCAAUGUGUAUUCCAGAUGUACAUACAUGCAUCCUGUCGGGGCUUCACAAGCGGUCGCCCCGGUCUUAGCGUAUAGCGCCACAGCUAAUGUGUCAUUCAGCUUCAGCGGGUUGGUUAUCUUCCCGCUCUUUUUUCACAGAAUUUUGCAAAUCCUAUCUGCAGGAAGUUAAACAUUUGCAGGCAAGAUGGCGGUUCACGUCAAACCGAGUGAGUGCAUACUUUGAAUGACACACUAAAGGACGCUGGUGCAUCUGUGUUGUUGCACUCCAGUGCUUUUGAGCCGUCCACUUUUUUGCUACAUCGCUCCACAAACCCCCCCUUUUAUUGCUUGCUCAAUCAGAUGGUACGACCCAAUGAAUGUCCAAUGAUCUCCGAUGAGGCCUUUACUAUGAACUGUACGCUGACGGCGGGGGUGACGCUCAUCCUGUGGACGGGGACAGGCGAGCCCAUGUGGAAAUGUGCCCUUUUUUCCUGCUGGUUUUUCUUUGUCUUUGUUAUCCAAUCAGAGCAGUUUCCUUCAGUAUUACAGCGUCACUCUACAUGUCAUCAAACGAAACUCGCAGAGAUUUUAUUUGUUGUUACCAAACACUACAGCUGGUUCUGUUUGUCUUGGCUCAGUCACAGCACAGGAAGCAGUUCAAUGUCUGGAAAGAGUGUCAGGUUUCUGAAAUAAAUGACAGAGAAAUACAGCACAUUUGAGACUAAAGAGUAAAGGAUUUGUCCAUGUCCAUCAUCAAAGGUGUAGAAAAGUAUUGUGGGAUUAACUAAAUUAAUUAGUGACUCAAACAGAAGAAAUUCAGCAUUAAUUCAGGUUAAAAACACAUGUGGUUUGCUGUGUUAGAGUAUUUAUUUACUGGGAUAACUGCAGUGUACGGAGCCCUAAAUGUGUAACUAAGGUAAGUUCAUAUGUUUUUAAAUAGUGUCCAUUAAUACAUUUGGAAUAGUCGUUAGCAAUCAAUUAAAGUAGUUGAAUUAGAAUUAAAAUGAUGCACAAAAAGCUAACCUAAAAUAUAAAUACAUGAAAAAGAUAAUUAAGCAUUAAAUGAUAAUUAAAUAUGGAAAUUAUAAUUUGAAAAGCCCACAGAAACUGCAGGACAAACACACUGCAGCUGCUGCUAAGAAUAUAUAACAAAAACGUUUCAAAUGUUUUAAUUCAUGAUUUAAAAUUAGAAUAUAUUUAUGUUAUUUAUCAAUUAAGCAUCGACAGUUAGAGUACAAUAUUCAGAGUAGAUUGCUCCAUUUUAUUUUUUGAAUCCCCAAUCCUUACAAACUGCCCUGCGAUGGAAGGUUGUUUUAAUUGCUAAACCAAUUAAGCUCUGUGGUACGAUACAUGGAGUUAACAGGCCACACCUUGAUGAUUUUGAUCCUUUCAUGGGAUAAAUAAAAUAUACACAUUAGCAAAACUCUUGGUGAUUUUGCAUUUGGUCUCCAGUUCUAAAAGUGAAAGAGAAAUCUGACAUUUGCUCCAGACGUUUGCUGCUUUGAGACCGAGGAAUGAAAUGAACUUUGCACUCUGUUCCGUUAACGUACUGUAACCCAGGAACCAUUACCACACACCACUACCAGUCGUUCUGCGCCCAUGUGAGCCCUUCUUUCCUACUCUUUACUGUGCAGAAACGUGCCAUUAGCAAGCACAAAUGGUUGGAGAUGAGGUGAAGCUGUAAGCUGUAUUCUUUCUUCAGUUGGAGGAGCUCGUCUGCUCGUCUGCUCUUCGUUUCUCCAGAUAAAAUCGAGUCUGUGACAGAACAUCUUCAGGGUCAAAACCAUGGGUUGUUUUUUGUUGUCAUGCCAAACACUAUGCUCUUUUUUUUUUUUUACAGUCAAAUAAACUGCUGAGAUGUUUCACAGGUA